AUGGAAAACAAGGAACCGGGUGAAGAUGAUUUCGAAGAUAUGACAGAUGGUGUGUUAAGGGAUCCUGCUGAAUACUUCUUCGAAUAUUAUGAUAAGAAUUUUUGGAAUGUUGUUGCAGAACUGACAAAUCUAUAUCAUGUGCAAAGUAAUAGUAAGAAUUUGAAAGCAAAUAUGAACGAAAUUCUUUCCUUUGUUGGGAUCGAAAUUCUAAUGGGUACGCUCAAGCUACCACAAGCCAAGAUGUACUGGAAUAGGCUACUUGAUCUGCCUCUCAUCAGUGAUACUCUGACUCGGGACAGAUACUUCAAGUUACGCAAUCAUUUACAUUUUGUGAAUAAUUUACGUGACCAAGAUAGGAGUGACAAACUUUGGAAAGUGAGGCCUGUGAUUAAUGUUUUCAGGAAUAAGUGUCUCGCUUUGCCACGAUCUAAGCACCUAUCAAUUGAUGAGCAGAUGAUUCCAUUCUCUGGCAGAUGUGCAAUGAAAACUUAUGUGCCAUCAAAACCCAAUCCUCUUGGGUUAAAAAACUUUAUUUUGGCAUCUUCAGAUGGUUUAAUUCUUGACUUCAUAAUAUAUACUGGCAAAGGAACAGUGCCCGACACUGAAUUAAAAGAAAUAGGUUUAGGUGCAAGUGUAAUUAAGCUGUUGACUGUGACAGUUCCAAACAAUGGGCAGCAUGUGAUAUAUAGUGACAGAUUUUUAACAGGCAUAUUAAGUCAAUUGAGUUUUUCUUAA